AUGGCAACAAUGUCUUAUUACAGAACAAACAACAACUUAGACAAGGACACGUUCAACACCGCUAAUCCGACCACCGGUUGUCAGAAGAAGCUGGAAAUCAACGAUGACCAGAAACUAACAAUCAACUUGAAGUUUUGGACAGUUGUACUAGUAGAUCCAAACAUUUUGUUCUGUGAAUGUCCAAAAGUACCCUCAACUCAUGUCCGAUCAAAAGAGUUUCAUAGUCCCGGACCUCUCAAAUCAGUUCAACAGCAACUGACGUGGCGGAGAGAGCUCACAACUAACUGCAAAACAGGGGCGGCGGCGGCGGCGAACAAAACGAUGGCGUCCGGUUGGGGAAUAACGGGGAACAAAGGACGGUGCUAUGAUUUCUGGAUGGAUUUCAGUGAAUGUAUGUCCCGCUGUAGAGAGCCCAAAGAUUGCGCCCUUCUCAGGGAAGAUUACUUCGAAUGUCUUCAUCACUCCAAAGAGUUCCAACGUAGGAAUCGAAUCUACAAGGAGGAGCAGCGUCAACUGAGAGCUGCUGCACAAAAGGGUGAAGGAGGCGGCCAUGGUGGAAGUCAUCAUUGAAAUUUGUAAUCCAAAAGAGGGCGGCGGGAAAUGUUUCAUCUUGUUCAGCUAAUAAUAAUUGCCAAUCGGUUGUAUUUGCACUUUUUGAGCUAUUGGAAACAACAAAAUGGUUUGUAAUUGUCGAAUUGUGUCCAUUUCUUUGAUGCAUUUGGCCAAUGAAGAUAGUUCCUUUCAAAGGAAGAUAAAUAGUUCAAUCUUUCUUUUGGUUGCUAGAAAGCAACAUGCCGGUACUUGUUUCCGUUUCAUUGAUGUACUUGUGCUAGAAAUUAUAAGGAAUUGCAAAUCAAGUGGAAACAGAAUGCAAAAUAGGAUGGAAUGAUUGAUUCUACAACACCAAAAUCGCAAAGUUUUGCCGUCUUUUAAGCCCACAGAAAUAUCCCAGAAUAUUUGUGCUCCAAUUGCAAUUGCUCUCCCUCUAUGCUGUCAAUCUGUGUAAGGUGCCUGUGAUGCAGCCUUGCUGUUCUAAUGUCACCAGUUCACGAUACAUCAAUGUUAUUGAUCACUUUGUGUCUUUUCCUUCAACCAUGUACUUAACCUUUCUAACUAAUCUCCUGUAUAAGACUACAAAAUAGUUUAGCGGUUGCUUAUGAGGAAUGAUUUUGAAGAUACUAUCACA